GAGAUUUGACGCAGUUUUUGAGGCGAAGUGAACGGUUUGAAUUGGGACAAGGAAAUGACAGCCUGGAAUUUCCUCAAACAGUUAACGUGCACCGUAGGCGUUCAUUCUCCCACCCUCUCCCGUCGCCUCAUACACUACUCAUUACUUGUUCCCUCUCUCUCCGCUCAUCACAAAAUUGUUAGGUACCAAUGGCUUCCCCAUUUCCGUGUCAAUCUUUAUGCGGCAGUUCCAAAUGCAAAGUUUUCAACAGCUUCUUCUUCCCAAACUCUAUCAGACACGUCUUUGGCUCCACGUGCUCCUUAUACUUCCGUUUUGAUUCACUGUCCUAAAGACACUGCAGAUGUGCUUGCAGAAGCUCUUUUAUGCUUUGGUGCAAGUUCUGUUAGCAUGGAUCAAGAUGAUGUCUCUCAAAGUACAGAUGAGAUUUGCAUUAGUUCAAUAUUUCAUGAAGUUGAGGAUAUAAAUGUGAGCAUUUCACAUGCAGCUGAUUCUAUUGGUUUGAAGGAGAUACCAAGAUAUGAAGUUAAAAUUGAUGACGAGGAGGACUGGAUGAAAAGAUCUCAGGAAUCACUUCAUCCAGUUCAAGUUACUGAAGGGCUAUGGGUGGUGCCCAAGUGGUGUACUCCACCGGAUGUUCAAGCAACAAAUAUAAUUGUCAAUCCUGGACUAGCCUUUGGAACGGGGGAACAUGCCACUACCAAACUCUGUCUAUUACUCUUACAUGGUUGUAUAAAAGGAGGGGAGCACAUUCUGGACUAUGGAACGGGAACUGGAAUUCUUGCAAUUGCGGCUCUUAAGUUUGGAGCUGCCUUUGCUGUUGGAGUUGAUGUAGAUUCAGAAGCAAUUGCAUCAGCAUCUCAAAACGCUUACCUGAACAACAUUGGACAAGACAAAAUGCAACUGCACCUGGUUGCUAGCAAAACCUCUUCAUCGUCCAAAAAUGACUUGACAUUUGGAGUUAUGGAGGGAGAAAAUACUUGUGAGAUACAUCCAGUCACUGAUGAGGAAAAGUUUGAUGUGGUCGUUGCAAAUAUACUCUUAAAUCCUUUAUUGGAUCUUGCUGAUCAAAUUAUCUCUCAUGCAAAGCCCGGAGCAGUUGUUGGUCUCUCCGGUAUCUUAUCGGAGCAGGUCCAGUACAUUAUUGAAAGAUAUUCACCAUUCUUAGAAGGCAUAGAAGUGUCCAAAAUGGAUGACUGGGCCUGUGUGAGUGGUAGAAAAAAAAAAUUUGAAUGUGAGGUGACUCAUUAAGUGAUCAAUUUGGAGGUUUGGUAGUUCGCAGCCAAUCCCCCACUGCAGCUUGAUGCCACCCAGUAAAUUUUGUGUGGGGCAGCUUCUAACCUGCCACUUGACAAUGCAUUUUGGAAUGGUCAAUGUUGUCUUUGGUUGUAAUUCAUUUGCCAAGCAGAAAAUUAGACUGAAGGGGCAAUGCAGAGCAUAAUACCAUGUCUUAAAAGGAAAUCACGUUUGGUAUCAGAGCAUGAAUAUAGAAAUUCAUGAUUUUCUUUUUAUGAUGCUUAAUUUUUAAUCCAUGAAUAUUACUUC